GAGUAUUAACGGUGAUUUCUCCACUUUGUUGGAGUCUCGACCCAUCAUCCAAUCCCAAAUUUACGAAAUCACAAACUUCCUACAAAAGUAGAUCACAAUACUUACGGGCAAGAGGUACAUUCGAGUCUAUUGUCAUAGUAAUUCUUUUAUCAGAUGUAUUUGUUGCUGAUAACUUACCGUUUUUAUUACUGGCAUCUGCACCAGCUACUAAGGUUCAACUAACUGCGACUUUUGCACCUUUAUUAACAGGGCUUAUCGGAGUGUUUAACACAUCAACAAUUUCUGAAAGUUUAAAAUAUCUGUUAGUUUAUACAGAAAAACAAUGUUUCGUAAAAAUCGAUCCUAGACUCGACCAAGAGUCUGAACAGCAAACUUAUUUAUCUGAUGAUUUAUCUGAUGAUUCAUCUGACGAUUUGUCAGAUAAAAAAGAUUAUGAACAAUUUGAUAAUAAGCUUAGUUUAAAUAAUGAUAAUUGUGACUCUAAUAAGCCAGAUCAUAGCUAG